AAUGUCUUGUGGACAGGUCACACAACAUACCAACAGCAUCAUGUGAGUCUUCUCGUGCAUCAAUAUGUUUCAAUAGCUCAACACCAGCAUCGGUUGUAUAGCGACCCCGAGUGAAACCAAAUUGUUUAGGAGACAAUAAGUAAAAGAUGCGGUUAUUUGUUAUAAUUCUUUUAAUUGCUCCGAUACUCUCGGCCCCAAACAAAUUCACCAAAGCUGUUUACUCCGGGAACCAUGAUAUUAUCAGAAUUGUAGUACCUGUUAACAACAUCAAUGACCAUAGCAAGGGCGAAGUUACUGUUGACAGAGGACUCACUUUUUUCUUUGUGGAAGCCGACAUUUCAAACGGCAAAGAUUAUAAAGGACUCUAUGUUUCCAAUAACGGCACAGUCACCAAAUUAUUAGACGAUGGCACUGAUGUAACAACAACAAAAGACGAAACUGACCAAGCUUUCUUUGCAACUAAACGUGGUAUAUAUGUCUAUAACUACGAAAAGAAUACAGCAGAUAAAUAUGGCAAUUUUGACGAAGAACUAAUUGGUAUUGCCAACGAGAAAGGAAAUGAUGCAAUUUUUGUUCUUACGAAAGAUAAAAAAGUCUUUAAAAUUAUUGAUCAUGGUAAUAAGAAAAUUAAGACAGACUAUACAAAUGUCGAUCAAAUAAUGCUUGAUUAUUCAAACAAUCUUUACUUUCUAAUUGGGAAAGACCCUUACGUAGUAACAGCGAGUGGAGUUAAAAAAGUUCAAGGUUUACCUGCAAAUCCAAAUUACGUGGGACUCGCGAAACAUAUGGCAGCUCUGGACGAAGGAGUUCUUUUUGUAUCGGAUAAUCGCAUUUUUGGGAUUAGCCCAAAUUGUACUGCGCAAGAAUUUACUGGACAUGAAUUCAAAGGCACGCCUACAGCGAUUUCCGUGGAGGCACUGGUAAUAAACUACUAUGCUUAUGAUAAGAAAAUCUAUGAAAAUAAUGUUGCAGAAGCCAUUCUCUCUGCCUUACUCUCUGGACUGAAAUCCUUUUUUGAUAAGUUGAGUUUCAACUCCUUCGUACGAAAAUAAGUGAGUUCAAAGAGUACAGAAGACCCAAUACUUCACUUAUACAGAAUGUAACAAUGUAACAAAAUUUUACAAAUUUUCUUUAGACUGCGCAUUUUUUUCAUGAAAUUUUCACUAAAGUUCUUACCACAGCAACACAAAGAUUGAUUAAACUCUUCUGCUCAUUCGUGUAACAGAUUCCCCUGAGAAGAAUGAGCAAGAAAUCCAAGGGGUUGAUCGUUGUAAAUAAACAUUUGUACACAUUUAUCAUUUACAAUAUUUAUUUGAAAUAUCAUAGAUCGAGAUAACCUCGCAGAGCUAAAUGAGUCACUGUCACUGAUGUUUCUCAUUCAUGUAAGCAGAAGCUGGACAAUGACCAUUAGUAUGAAGUUUUUCUUUCACUAUACGUUUAAACCUCGUGAAUGGCAAAUUUUCAAGUCAAGAACGGCCAGUUUAUUUUUAUUCCUCGCAGUACUAUAAAGUCUGCCACCAUUCUUCAUAAAAGAAAUACUAUUCUUCUAAACAUAAAUAAAUUUUUCAUAAAUGUAUCGUGACCCUAGUGUGGUUAAUUUCUUUAAUUUUGUCUCUCAGAGACACACCGGGACCCAGAUUAUAAAUUGCCGUAACACGUUUUUGCAGGACAAAGAUUAAAUUAAUAUUACUCCAAAACAAAAUGCAGUAUGCCCACAGACAAAUAUCUAGAUAGACGCCGCAAGUGUACGUACUUCGCGUGCCCGAAGUAAGUGAAAUGCACUUACUUGCCGCUGCUACACUUCAGAACGCGCUCGACCGUUUACGUAGAUAAACACCAGUCGAAAACGC